AUGACCCAGACCCCCCACAUCAUGGACAUAGCAAGCUCCCAAUACAUCACAGCAAGCUCCUCAUACCAAGUACAUCUGUGUUCUAAGUGUCCGGGGGACACAGAGUACUAUUGUGUAUCGUGUCCAUGUGAUCUGUGUCCCCAGUGUAAAGAGAACCAUGUAAAAGAUCUCAAAACAAUAGACCAUGAUGUUGGGUCAUACCGUGAUCAAAUCAACUACAUCCCAACACAAGAGAUCUGUGUGAGACAUCCUAGCCAUGUUUAUACAAAGUACUGUGAACCUUGUCAAGUUCCUGCCUGUAAUAAUUGCCAAACACAUAGAAAACACACUCAGAUAGAUGUUAAAACAGCCUAUAAAACAAAGCGACAACAACACAGAGGAACCAUUCACACCAUAAGAAGUGAGGCUCUCUUUUACAGACCUGUUCUCUUGACAGGAAUCAAAGCUGAUGUCAAAACCUGUCACACAGAAUUCUCCCCACUUCAAUCAGAGAUGUUUAUAAAGGCCCAGAGACUGAAGGAUCUCAUUGACUAUGUGGUAUAUGAUUUAUUGAACAAUGUGUUUUGUUACUUUGAUUUCAAACACAGAUGUAAAAAACAAAAGAUAAAAAUGAUGAGACAUAUUGGCAGACUAAGGAGAUAUGAACACAGAUAUGUACAGCCAGAAUUCACAUUCAGUGCGCUACAAUUCCUCUCAUUCACAAAGACAGCCUCCCCCAGAUACAUCUUACACUCCACACCAGCCAGCUCUCCAUGACUGAGUCACUCAAAAAGGAGGAUGUGAUGGAGUCACUGAGUGCAAUCCAAAUCACAGAGAGAGGAAACCGACGCGUAGGAAACCAGUGUCUGCUGAAACUGACGUCUGGUGCUGAGUUCCAUCAAUCUC